AUGCUUUUCUCCAUCACGCCUCUAAAGCUGUCUGCAUUCUUCAUUUUGCUCCCAUUGUCAUCCGACUUGGUUUUGGCAGAUGUUGAUGGUCAUGCAUUCCUUGCUGCGGCUAAACUCCAUCCGGGUCUGGCAUAUCUCAUGAAUCAUUUUGCUCUUUCUAACGGAACGGGUGAACUGUCGAAUUUCUCAAUGACAGCGACUCCGAAGAUCGACAACGGUCGUACAACAACGGCGACAGAUCCAUUGGAAACUUGUGCUGAUGAUGGUAGUCUCUUCGAUAGUUCGUUGGGUGGAGCUGUAGUUGCUCUUCUAAUAAUUCUGUUCUGGCAUGUUGUUCGCAUUUGUUGUUGUAUGAGUAAAUCGAAUCCACCACCUCCGCCUCCGAGCCGUGCUCCAAUUCCAAAUGUUACUGCAACCAAAAGCGGAACUAGCUUGGGAUCGGGAAAUGUAUCUGUGAGGAGCCAAUCUGUAAAUAUCAAAUCAACUCGUUCGGUUCGCAGUUUGGGCGCAUAGGAAUGAAACACAACUCUAAUGCAAGGAUAGUAGGAAUUGUAAACAGGGAAGAUGAUGAACACAAAAGUAGUGAUAAAUAUAUAUAAAAUAAAUAUAAUGUGAUAAUAUUGUUGUUG